AAAUGGGAAAGAGGUCUGACCUCUUUUUUUUUUCUUUCUUUGAACCAAAUCCAUCCUAUGUUGUUUUGUUGAAUGAGUUCUUGAUUGUAUAAAACAAUACAACAGUGGCAGUUGCCUUGUAAAUUCCUCUUAUGAACCCCAUUACCUUCCCUUUCCUUCCCAUAAAUCCCACCUUCCUUUCUCCUUUCAUUUCUUGUCUUGAAUUCCUUGUAAAUUUUCUCUCUUGAUCUAUAUUUCUUGGAAAGGCAACAACUUAUUUGCAAAUCAAAAUUUUCUUUCUUGAAUCAAGCAUCACCCUUUAUUUGUUGGAUCAAAUUCUGUUGAGAAUUGGGUUUUCUACUUUGAGAUUUCAUCAUUUGUAGCUUAAGUUUGGAUCUUUCAAGCUAAUUUCCAAUACCCUCUUUUGUUUUGGUCUAAAAAUCAGAUUUUGAUUGACCUAAUAAUCCAAUUCCAUUUUUUUUUCUUGACAAGUGCCCUGCAAAAGGCCAGAAAAUUUCUCUUUAUUAUUUUGUUUUUCAUUCAUGGGUAAUUGUUGUGUAACACCAUCAGGAAACCCUGAGAAAACGAAGCACAAGAAGAAACAUAACCGAUAUGCCUUGGAUUAUGGGCUCCAUGAUGGAGGCCACAAGCUGAUUGUGUUAAAAGACCCCACAGGAAAAGAACUUGAGCAAAGAUAUGAACUUGGUACAGAACUAGGCAGGGGUGAAUUUGGAAUCACAUAUUUGUGUACCGAUAAGGAGACUGGUGAGAAUUUUGCUUGCAAAUGUAUCUCUAAAAAGAAGUUAAAGACAGAUAUUGAUAUAGAGGAUGUAAGGAGAGAAGUGGAGAUCAUGAAACGUAUGCCUCAGCAUCCUAAUCUUGUCACCUUAAAGGGUACUUAUGAGGAUGAUAAUGCAGUUCAUUUGGUGAUGGAGUUAUGUGAAGGAGGAGAGUUGUUUGACCGGAUUGUGGCUAGAGGACAUUACACUGAGAGGGCUGCCGCAGGUGUUACAAAGACCAUUGUGGAGGUUGUUCAGAUAUGCCACGAGCAUGGCGUGAUGCAUCGGGAUCUAAAACCUGAGAACUUUUUGUUUGGAAACAAGAAGGAGAAUGCCCCUUUGAAGGCAAUUGAUUUUGGAUUGUCAGUGUUUUUCAAACCUGGUGAAAGAUUUACGGAGAUAGUUGGAAGUCCAUACUACAUGGCUCCUGAAGUGCUCAAGAGGAAUUAUGGCCAAGAAGUAGAUGUCUGGAGUGCUGGUGUAAUACUUUACAUCUUACUUUGUGGUGUUCCACCCUUCUGGGCAGAAACUGAACAGGGAGUUGCACAAGCAAUUAUUAGGUCAGUUGUUGACUUUAAGAGGGAUCCUUGGCCCAAAGUUUCUGAUAAUGCCAAAGACCUAGUGAGAAAGAUGCUUGAUCCUGACCCGAAGUGCCGGCUUACAGCACAACAAGUGCUAGAUCACCCUUGGUUGCAAAAUGCAAAGAAGGCUCCUAAUGUUUCUUUAGGUGAAACAGUACGAUCAAAGCUCAAGCAAUUCUCUAUUAUGAACAAACUCAAGAAAAGAGCUAUGAGGGUAAUAGCUGAGCAUUUGUCAGUGGAGGAAGCUGCUGGCAUAAAGGAGGGAUUCCAGCUGAUGGAUACUGGCAACAAAGGCAAGAUUAACAUUGAUGAGCUAAGAGUUGGAUUACAAAAACUUGGCCAACAGGUCCUUGAGAGUGACCUUCAAAUUUUAAUGGAAGUGGGUGACAUAGAUCGAGAUGGUUAUCUGGACUAUGGAGAGUUUAUGGCUAUUACUGUUCACCUGAAAAAGAUGGGGAACGAUGAACACCUUCGCCAGGCCUUUAAAUUCUUCGAUCAAAACCAAAGUGGGUACAUAGAAAUUGAUGAGCUAAGAUGUGCCUUGGCUGAUGAAGUUGAUGGAAGUAAUGAAGAAGUUAUUAAUGCUAUUAUUAACGAUGUGGACACAGACAAGGAUGGGAAAAUAAGUUACGAGGAGUUUACCACAAUGAUGAAGGCUGGAACAGAUUGGAGGAAAGCAUCAAGACAGUACUCGCGCGAGCGGUUCAACAGUCUGAGCCUGAAACUGAUGAGGGACGGGUCAUUAAAAUUGGCCAGUGAGGGUAGAUAACUCAACAAGAGUUGACUAUAGAGAAGGUGCUUUCCCCCCAUAUGUUAUAGUAUUACAAUUGGUUUCUUUUUAAAAUCUUUACAGUUAACAGGGACCUUUGCCCUAAUUGAAGAAGUGGUUUUUCCAUUUGUUUGCUGUGAGAGUGAUAGGAGAAUUGAGUGGUGAAGGGCUGCUGGGGUUGUAUUGUAAAUAGGGGUUAAAUUGUUAAUACCAUUAUCAAUGCAUCGCCUACCUUUUGUUAGGUGUA